AUGAUGCCAUUCACCGACGUUGAUGUGUUUUACCAUAAUCGCACGAAAGUUGAGUUUGGCUUAGAUAAUCAUGUUAGAGAUGAAGUCAAGGGCCUCUCAAGCCUAAGGAGGAUUUCUAAGGAUGAACUCUUUGGUCAAUUAUUUGAUGCACUUGAAAAAAUCCACUAUUUUAAGAGUACAUCUGAUGGAAAUGACGACCAGGUUCAGCUGGAUAGGGCAACAAAUUUAUUUCAUAAUGCUCUAGAGAUAGAGGAAGUGCACGAAGGGUUCCAUCUCAUCAGUCAGGUUCUCAGUCAUCAAGUACUCCAGAAUCUUCUCCAGCUUGAGACAAGGGGAUUCCCUUUCACCUUUUCUCUUUCUCAGUGUGAUGGAGGCGAUAAGCUGAUGUCCUCAGGAGCUGACUCUGGUGUAUUGAUAAGGAGUUUUAGGGUGGGUGAGAAAUUGAAUGAGAGCAAAAGUGGAGGGGUUCUAAGUGCUUGGCACUGGCCAUGCU